UGCGCGCUCCCUGCUCCGUCGCUUGUCCCUCUCUUCCAUCUCUGUCAGCAGCAGCGCGCCUCAGUUAGUUUAGCAGGCUAGUACGGAGAGACGAGGGCUGCUCCCUAACGCCCCUGCCCAGUCUGCUGCCUAAACACACCUCACACACAUUCCGCACCAUGGCUGCCACGGACGUAGACGUCUUUUCGAAUGAAGAGAAGCGAAACCUCAGCUUGGGUGGCCAUGUUGGAUUUGACAGCCUUCCUGACCAAUUGGUCAGUAAAUCGGUCACGCAGGGUUUUUGUUUCAACAUUCUGUGUGUAGGUGAGACUGGGAUUGGAAAAUCCACGUUAAUGAAUACUCUCUUUAACACCAUGUUUGAAAACGAAGAGGCGAGCCACUACCAGAACGGUGUCUAUCUAAGGCCAAGAACAUAUGAUCUGCAAGAAAGUAGUGUUCACCUCAAACUAACUAUCGUUGACACUGUUGGCUUUGGUGACCAGAUCAACAAAGAUGAGAGCUACAAGCCCAUCGUUGACUACAUUGACACUCAGUUUGAAAACUAUCUUCAGGAGGAGCUGAAGAUCAAACGAUCCCUGUUUAACUAUCAUGACACCAGGAUCCACAUCUGUCUGUAUUUCAUUGCCCCAACGGGACACUCCCUCAAGUCCCUGGACCUUGUGACUAUGAAGAAACUGGAUAGCAAGGUCAACAUAAUUCCCAUCAUUGCUAAAGCGGACACAAUCUCCAAGAGCGAGCUCCAUAAAUUUAAAAUAAAGAUUAUGAGUGAGCUGGUGAGCAACGGCGUGCAGAUCUAUCAGUUCCCAACAGAUGAUGAGGCUGUCAGUGAGAUCAAUUCCUCCAUGAACGCACAUCUGCCAUUUGCUGUGGUUGGAAGCGUGGAAGAGGUCAAAGUGGGGAACAAAACUGUGAGGGCUAGACAGUACCCUUGGGGUGUUGUGCAAGUUGAGAACGAGAGCCACUGUGAUUUUGUAAAACUCAGAGAGAUGCUGAUCCGAGUCAACAUGGAGGAUCUGAGGGAGCAGACCCACGCACGCCACUAUGAGCUGUACCGCCGCUGUAAGCUGGAGGAGAUGGGCUUCAAAGACACAGAUCCUGACAGUCAACCAAUCAGCCUUCAAGAGACCUAUGAGGCCAAGAGGAAAGAGUUCUUAGGCGACCUGCAGCGCAAAGAAGAAGAGAUGCGACAAAUGUUUGUGAACAAAGUGAAAGAAACUGAAGCAGAACUUAAAGAAAAGGAGAAAGAGUUGCAUGAUAAAUUUGAGCAUCUGAAGCGGAUACAUCAAGAGGAGAAGAGGAAAGUGGAGGAGAAGCGGCGAGACCUGGAGGAGGAGCUGAAUACUUUCAACAGGAGAAAGAUGGCCGCUGAGACUCAGUCCUUAUCUCAGCCUCUCAAGAAAGACAAAGACAAGAAAAACAGAUCAGUGAAGACCGAGAACCAGUCUGGUGUGAGUGCCUCUAGUUCCAAAGUGAUGAUGGCCAAGGCCAACGUGGAACCUUUGAACUGCCAAAGCUGGUGGCAGGCCAUACAGUGUUGCACCUGCCUGGUCCACAGCGCCACCUGGAGGCCUGGAGGCAUUUUCUGAUGCCCUGAUCCACAGUUUAGGGCUGCAGGGUCUGGAGAGGAAUCAACAACGGGGCUGAGACCGAUGGAUGGAAUGAGAUGGGGGUGGCCGGAGACGAGCAGGGCGUGGAACUAGAGAAACGAGACCAAAAUGUUAGCAUGAUGAUGUCAUUUGUCAUUUUUCCGUCCCAUCAGUUUUCCCAUCAACCUUUCGUCUUGACAACUGUACCAUUCAUAUCAGUCCGUUUGACAGUCAAAUUUAAGGAAUGAAGCUCUUGUUUUCAUGGUGAACUUGUUUUGUAUUGUAUUCGUACAGUGCGUUUCCGUGUUCCUUUUUGGGCACUAUAUAUCAAACUCAAUCUUUGUUGGGCUUCAAUGUACAAAAUAAUGUUUGUUCUCUGGUCAAAAGAGGAAAACAUAAAAAAGAACUCUUUGUAUCGACUACGGCAAACCUGAUGGGUUCAGACUAAAGCUGCCUCUAGCUUUAGUUCAGUUUAUGAUUCGACGCCAACCGUGUUACAUAUCGAUAUAAAAAGUCGCCUUUUUACACAUCAGAAUCAGCUGAUUUACAGUGAUCGCGUUAAUGGUGGAAGAGUUAGGGUGUGUCAGAGCGUUUGUUAUUUAGGUGUUGCCGGCGACAUCUCCGGUGUAAAAGGGUUCAAGAUAGUCUCUACAGACAAACCCUUUUCCACUGAUGACAUUUAAACCACUCUGUAAUUUCAAUGACCAACACAAGGUGGCAGUAUGAUUUUGUUGUUGUAGCUGGAGCUGACAUAGCAUGCAAAUACUAAUAAUGUGGCAAAUACAAGUUUUUUGGUCACCAAAUUGAUUCUUUGUUAAGAUUGCCAAAGAAAGACAAAUAUUUUAAACAUUCAACCAGGAAACUGGCUCCAUUUCUCUAUUUUGUAAAAUAUUUUGCACACUUUAAACGUCAAUAAAAGCAGUUAGCAUGCUGGCUGUAUUGUAUUGUAGCCUACUAGUGAAGCUAAGUUACAAUACAAUAAAAGCUGAGAUGGAGCAGAAAGCCUGUUUUUGGCCUGCAGUAAAAAUUUGACGUAGAAUCAUAAACUGGCUUCAUAAACACAAUUAUAAAGUUUUCUUCCUUUUUUUUUUGUAAAGUUAAAUUUCUCAGUUUUUUUUUCACUCAUUCAAAAUUAUUUUGAUCUGUGUGCUUUUGUUUACCAAAAGGUUAAAUAAGCCAUGGGGUUAAAAGAAAGUUAAACUGCAGAGGGAGGUGCAUCAGCAUUAUAUAGUUUAAAGAAAUAAAUAAAAAAAGUCCUCUUUCUGACCCCACCUGACCACCGGGUCAUGUAGCAAACUGCACUUCGGCCUCUCAUCUAGCUGAUUGUGCCUCCCAGAGCUUGAACUCAGAUUCAGGGGAACAUUGCAAGGUUAAGGCUGUGGAUCUGUAAAUCCCCUUGUAUACUCAUAGGUGUCAUGGUGGAGACUUUGUGCUGUUCCGUAGACAGAAAAGCAUUUUAUGUCAUAUUACCAGGAAAUGCAAAUUCAUUUAUUCAGGGGAAAAGGAGGGAGUGGUAUUGGGAGAUAUUUAAAUUAAAACUGUAAUGUUUUUGAAAUAUAUUUAUUUGAACAGUAUAGAAAGAGAAAAUGUAUUUAUUUUGGUAUGUUUUUAUUUUUACAUUGUCUUUAUUUUCAAAGUUGUGGAUUUUGUAAAUCUGAAAGUGAUGUCUGAGAACAAUAAAAGAAUGAACAAAAGAAAAAUCCUUACACUUCUGUGGCUAAAAUCCAAGGCAGGUCUUUAAGUUUUUUGGUUUUACAUUUUUAUUUUUAUGAUAGGUUUUAUGUUUUUCUAAUCAACAACAUAAAAAUGACAUCUAAUCACAAAUUCUGAUUUCACUGAUAAAUUUAAAGUUUUCUUUUUGUUUUGUUUUGCUUUUUACGUCAGGAAUGAAAA